GUAAGGUAUUCAUUUCGUGUCAAAAUCGAUUUGGAUCUACAUCAAGAUGUAUUGGAAAUAAUCAGAUAGAUCAAAAAUGUUAAUUAUGUGUUCAAAGCGAUUGUUUUAUUGUUAAAGCCUAUACUGGAUUAUCAAUAGAGAAAAUUGUAUAACUUUGGGUAAAUUUGCUUAAGUGUAUAGGAUCUGUAUAAUUGGAUAAUUUAUGCAAUACAAAAUGGCAAACAUAGAUGAUCUUGACGAGGACUUCAUUCUCUGUAAUGUCUGCAACAACGAAUACGAUGAAGACCAUAGAGCACCGAAACUGUUGCCAUGCCUACACACGCUUUGUAACGACUGCGCACUCAAUUCUGCGCAUGGGUCAAAUCUAAAAUGCGCACUGUGCCAAGAAGAGCACCAAAUUUCCAGUGACCUUGACUUUUUAAAAGACAGUACUAUGACCAAUAUGAUGGACAUGAUCAAGCUGCAACGAAAACCUUCCAGUAUUCUCUGUUCGGAUUGUCCCGAUAACAACAACGGAAACGCAUUUUGUAAAGAUUGUUACGUGUUUCUGUGCAAGGAAUGCACAAGUGCUCAUAAGCGCACGCAACUUACAAGACGCCAUACUCUUCUGACCCUCGAGGAACUAAAGAAUGCUGGGAUUGGCAGUUUCACGCGGAAGGAGAUGUGUUCACUUCCGGGGCACGAGGAUCAGCCAUUUUCAUUCUACUGUGAGAAUGAAGAAUGCCAGAAACCGGUCUGCACGCAGUGUGUUGUUGGUGAUCAUAGUCAAACAAAUGGUCACUCGAUUAGAAGUUUAAACGAAAUAUACGAAGAGAAUAAACUUUUAGUUGAACGCCUUGUCGGAGAACUAUUGAGUAAAAUUUCCGGUGUCAGUUCCGAUGCUAAAACGCUGGAGUCUGAAGAGGGUGUUGUCGAAACUAAACAAACUGAAAUUAGUAAAGAAAUAGACUCUUUGUUUGAUUCUUUAGAGAAGCUUUUGCAGAACAGACGGGAAAAGUUAAAACAGAGGGUGGUUGUUAUAUGUGAAGAAAGGAAAAAUGAAAUCAAAGCUCAACUGACCCAGUUACAGAAAUGCAAAUCAGACAUGGAAAACUCCUGUAACUAUUCUUCUAGAAUGUUAGUAUUUACAAAUAAACCCGAGUUUUUGCAGCUCAAGGAUGUUGUUAUUGACAAACUGAGCCAAAUGGUGGACAGUGAAUACGAAACAAACGUGCCAGAAUCAACGGAACUGAGUUUUGACGCAUGCGUAGAGCAAGACAGAUUUGAAGAAAUCGUUCAGAAUAUCGGAGACAUCCGGACAAACUUCUACAUCGGAAACGACAAAACGUCUCCAAAAAUAAAUGGAACAGCCGAUGUUUCAGAAAAGUAUGUUCUUCCAUAUAGAGGUUGUCCCAAAAACCCUCCAGGAAAAUACACAACGAACAAACAUUCGCCAGUGACCCCGACGAAAGAAAUAAGACUGGUAGGAAAGCCGGAAUCACUGAAACUUGAUCUCCAUAGCAACAACAAUCAUCACAAACCAGUCAUUAAAACAACAAAGGUGUCACCAACAAACGAAAACGUGCUGGGAAGGCCCCUGUCUCUCAAAUCUCCAGUAAUUUCUCCAACCAAACAGCCGACUUCUCUCGGAGACUUUCUCAAUGAACUUCAUCAUCAAACAAGGGAGAUUAUUCGUGAAAAGAAAUAUCAGUGGAUGUUAGAUGAACUCCAGACAAAAAGUAAAAUGUUUCUUAAAGAUAGAGACGAUUAUGAUGAAUCUCAAGAUCUUGCUGAUAAAGAUCCCGAGCGACAGCUUCCUAAGGCUCCAUCCUUGCCCCCUGCCUUGUCACCAUCACGACAAAGGUCACCCGGUACCCCACCAUAUACGCCUCCAGUGUAUGCGACUCAAUCGCAGAUUUACCAGACAUACAACACAACCGGAAGCCCUGGUAUCAAAACUCCACCUAUAGGGGAAGUGACGUCAUCAAGCAAAAAUGGCCUAACGUCUCCAACGACUAAUGGAAAGGGGGAGGACAACUCGUAUAUACAAAAUUCUAGAAAAGGCCAGUCUAGUGUGAACGCCAGUAAGAGUCAGGUUGUUCCUAAACUGAACCUAUAUGGAAUAAAUUCUCCCAUAAAAACCGGGAGCUCCAAGAUGGAUCGGCUGCAGAACAGCCUCGAUAUCAACGGACAGACUAAAACCGGAAAUGAUGUAAAGUUUCCAAAACCGAAAACAAAGUCACAAACUGUCACAUGGAACUUGGAUCAAAAAGAGACAAACGAAACGCCAAAGAAACAAAAUAUAUCGACUGUGCCGAAAUUGACAGAAAGUUCUUUUCCGGAAGUAAAGCAACCGUCGCCAAGGAAACCCCCGUCUGACAAAUUGAUUGUAUUUGGAGACAUAGCAUGUCCAGAUUUUCAGAUGGACUCAACCUCGGCUCAUCACGAGCGGGAGGUCAGCAAAGACGGGAGAACGCUCAGAAACAAAAAGACCGACAUCUUUAGCGGUGGUGGAAUCGAUCUGGAAAAUAGCCUCGUCCAGUACAAAGGGGCAAUUGGGACGAUUCCAUUUCAAGAACAGGGGAAAUUUUAUUACGAGGUUGACGUCGUUUAUAAUAUUCAACAGCCGCUCGAGGAAACAUGGCUCGUGUUUGAAAUCGGUUUAUGCAGGCUUGAUGACGUAGACAUGCAUCACACAGUCGAGCGACACGAAUUUGCGCGGUCAUUUUAUGUUGCCAGAUACCCGGAAGACGGAAAACUGACAAUGGAAUUUUGGCACAAUCGGGAUCUCUUGAAUUUUAUGCCUUUGUCGGAUAACAGUGCUGGAAUAGAAGUGCGUAUAACGUACGGAUUUCUUGUAGAUAUACGUCGCAAGAAAUGGGUGGUCGUUGAUUGUAACAAUAACAAAGUAUUGCACAGCUUUGACAUGUUGGAUUUUACCGAAGCGCUGCAUCCAGUAUUUGGUUGCUAUAACCCUGACCUUUGCACCGUAGAGAUGACCUUGAAAACCGGAAGUGAGAUCACGAUGAUCCCACAAUGCUUGAAACAACCAAGUUACGGAUCAACGUAAACUGUUUGUCUUGGUAGACAGCGCAUUUUUAUACCAUACAAUAUUAAGUUAAACAGUCACGUAUCAUUUAAAUCUUGAUAAACAAAUUUCAUGUAACCCCAACAUCUGUCAAGAUGGAGAACCCUUGUUUUAAUUUUUAUACAGUUUAUAAGCUAUAUUAAGGCACAUAAACCGCAGUUCCUUUUUCAUUUGAUUGUAGACAUACAGUCUGUUGAGUUCAAAUAAUCUGUAAUAAAGUUAAUUUCUUUCGUCAGACUGAAACUGAUAUUUUCACAGAAAACCAUUUUCUAUCUACUAAUAGAAUGUGCUAUUAAAGAGGAUUUUAUAGUAGAGAUAUUUGCUUUGAAGAACUUUAACGACAGAUGCCAGUCUAACUGGACUGUAACUGUGCUGUUUUCAGAGUCAGUUUGGAAAGGCUUACGCCAAGAUAAGAAGAAAAGGAAAAACAAAACAAAACUUUUUUCAGUCUAAAAUCAUUACUGAGUCUAAAAGUGCUCUUUUAUGUUCUUAUUAUACGCAUUUUUUUUUUAGAAAAAUCGUUAUUAGAAUCUGUUUUAGGAACAACUUACAUAAACUUUCAGUACAAUGAAGCAAAAUAUAUCUAAAUUUUACCGUGGGUCUCAGUCGUUUCUGUAAUUUCCGGGAAAGUUAAAUCAAGGAAGCUGAAUCCCCUAUUUAUGUGUUAACAUAAUGACAGUUUUAUUAUCUCGUUGGUAACGAGAUAGUUCACAAGUAAUAUUUGAGCCGCGCCAUGAGAAAACCAACAUAGUGGGUUUGCGACCAGCAUGGAUCCAGACCAGCCUGCACAAACGGCAUAAACUCUCAGAUCAUUACCAAAUCUCCCUUUCACUCCCAUAUGAGCCGCGCCAUGAGAAAACCAACAUAGUGCAUUCGCGACCAGCAUGGCUCCAGAACAGCCUGCGCCUCCGCGCAGUCUGGUCAGGAUCCGUGCUGUUCGCUAACGGUUUCUCUAACUGCAAUAGGCUUUGAAAGCGAUCAGCGUUGAUCCUGACCAGUCUGCGCCAAAGCCACUAUGUUGGUUUUCUCAUGGCGCGGCUCAUUUAUAAAAGAUGACACAUGUUCAGUCACUACUGCAGAGAACUAAUAUAUCAAAUAUCUUGGUUAAUCACCAGCUCCAACGAUCUUACUCCGUCCAUUUUGUUUUGCUUUGUAAUUGUUUAUAACAUGUAUUAAAAUUACCGUCCAAAUAUGUUUGCGAUUUUGUUUUCGUUAUAUAAUAAAAUAUAUAUCUAAGUAAUUUAUUGAGUUUGAAAACGCAUUUAUUUAUGUGAUAGUAUCUAUACUAAUUGUAUUUAUAACAUGUUCAGUUGUAAUAUAUAUGUAAAAUAAACAUAUGGUAUAA